UCUGAUAAUUCGCUCCACUGUUUGACUCGCGGAGAAAGCAUAGGCUUGACGAUUGUCGCAGAGAGUGGCUUUGUCUCACUUUUUGCUGUCCUCUUCGUGUUUGGGAUUAUCUUUCGAAAUGCACUCCAUCAUGUCCGGAAGAAAGCCGUAAAAGACUGGGAUUUUCUCCAGGAACCUGUGGAUGUAUUUAUGCUCUCUUUAUUUUUUGCGGAUCUCGUACAAGCCCUUGGUGCCGUUCUCGAUAUUAAAUGGAUAAACGAGGGGAAAGUGGAAACAGGUCCUUUCUGCACCACUCAAGGUAUCAUACAACAAUUAGGAGAAACGGGGGUAGCCAUCACCACCCUAAUCAUCGCGCUCUACACCUUUAUCGUCGUAUGGUGGCGUAAAGGCAUGAAUGCUAUUCUCAUCUCCAAGCUCGUCGUUCUUACAGUAUGGGCCUUCAUCAUUAUCAUGAUAGUCGUUGGAAACACGACUCAAGGUCCGGAUUACGAGGAACCAACACCAUACUGGUGCUGGAUAGGCGAACACCACACAGCUCUCCGAAUCAUAGGCGAAUACGUCUGGUUCUGGUUAACCUUGGGGGUAUCGAUCUUGGUAUACAUCCCUCUAUUCCUUUGGAGCCGGGGCAACAUCGCCUUUGACGACAGGUCCUGGUGGAAAUUUACCUUCCAUAGUCGGCCCGAUGAGCCUGAAAGCGAGGAAGAAAAGGCCCGCAGGCGAAACUCCCUCAACCUGAUCGCGUACCCCGUGGUCUACUCAAUCCUCGUCCUCCCUUUAAGUGUGGUCCGCUGGAUCACGUUCAAUGGCAAGAAUCAGCUCGGCUCCGCACCCAACUUAAUAGUGAUCUCGAUUUAUGGCUUGAGCGGCAUGAUGAACGUCAUUCUUCUUUUGGUGACUCGGCCUAAUUCGGUGCUAUUUGGGAGGACGGGUCGUGCGGGACGUGGUCGUGUUUCUUCACCGCGAGGAUGGAUCGGCCCUCAAGCACAUGCAAAGCAGGAUGGUGCAGAAGAGAGCAGUCAGUCAGGACGAGAUGAUGAAUCACAAAUGGGAAGGCUACCAUCCAUCGAUGUUGAAAGUAUCCCUUCACGUUAACCGUUAAAUACCAUCACCAUGUUUUCUUCUUAAUAUAUACCCCGCACUUCCCAAGUGGCUACAA